UGGAGGUUCCAAUUAAUUCUUUGCAGGAGAAAGACACUCACUGUCAGAUAAAAUAAAUCCAUCUAUAUUGCCAGUUUCAUAGAACAUAGUUUCUGCUAUUAACAGCUAGUACUUCAGGUCACAAUGUGCUUUAAGGGAAAGGAUUCUGGUUCUGGCACUGAAGUUAAUGCCAUCAUUGUCGCAUAGUGGAUAUAGACUGUUGGACUUGAAGUCAUAACAAAAGUUCAGAUCCUGCCUCUGAGGCUAUCUUCUGUACUUCCUGCCGAUGGCUGAAGGAGGGAAGAGAGUCCCAAAAGCUGGUGCUGGUGGUGGUAUUUGUGGCACUCCUGCUGGACAACAUGUUACUGACUGUGUGCCCAUCGUUCCUACCUUCCUUUAUGCAACUGAAUUCAAAGGCGCCAGUGUAUCAGAGACUUUGCCCUUUGGCAGCAGUGCCCCAGGGAUUCUCCACAAUGCCGACUUUUCUUCCAUCUUCUCCUACUUUGAUAAUACUACAAUGGUGGUUAAAGGAAGCAAACACUCAGAAAAUGAAUGGAUGAAUGGUACCUUUAGCACCCUAUCUCCACAAGGCAUUGGACCCAGCUCGGCACCUAGGAACAAUUGUCUGCAAGGUACUGAGUUCCUGGAGGAGGAAAAUCUACGAGUUGGACUUCUGUUUGCCUCAAAGGCUAUAAUGCAGCUUCUGAUCAACCCCUUUGUGGGGCUCCUCACAAACAGGAUUGGCUAUCACAUCCCAAUGUUUGCUGGCUUUGUCAUCAUGUUUCUCUCUACAGUCAUGUUUGCUUUUUCAGGCACCUACACUCUUCUUUUCUUGGCCCGAACCCUUCAAGGUAUUGGAUCCUCUUUUUCAUCAGUUGCAGGACUUGGGAUGCUGGCCAGUGUAUACACAGAUGAUUAUGAGAGAGGGAGUGCUAUGGGCAUUGCCCUGGGUGGUCUGGCUUUGGGGGUGUUAGUGGGGGCUCCCUUUGGAAGCCUGAUGUAUGAGUUUGUUGGCAAACCUGCUCCCUUCCUUAUUCUGGCAUUGCUGGCCUUGAUGGAUGGAGCUCUACAACUCUGUAUUCUACAGCCCUCCAAGAUCUGCCCCGAGAGUUCCAAAGGCACUCCCAUCUUAACUCUUCUGAGAGACCCUUACAUCCUGGUGGCUGCAGGUUCCCUCUGCUUUGCCAACAUGGGAGUGGCCAUACUGGAGCCUACACUGCCUAUAUGGAUGAUGCAGACCAUGUGUUCCCCCAAGUGGCAACUGGGUCUAGCCUUCCUGCCUGCCAGUGUGUCCUAUCUCAUUGGCACCAACCUCUUUGGCGUAUUGGCCAACAAGAUGGGUCGAUGGCUCUGUUCUUUGAUUGGGAUGUUGGUAGUAGGUACCAGCCUGCUCUGUGUUCCUCUUGCUCAGAAUAUUUUUGGUCUCAUUGGUCCCAAUGGGGGACUAGGCUUUGCUAUUGGCAUGGUUGACUCUUCCAUGAUGCCCAUCAUGGCACACCUGGUGGACCUUCGCCACACAUCUGUGUAUGGGAGUGUCUAUGCCAUCGCUGAUGUGGCUUUCUGCAUGGGAUUUGCUAUUGGUCCAUCUACUGGGGGUGCUAUUGUCCAUGCUAUUGGUUUUCCCUGGCUCAUGGUCAUCAUUGGAGUCAUCAACAUUGCCUAUGCUCCACUCUGCUACUACCUUCGAAGCCCCCCCGCCAAGGCAGAAAAGACCGCAAUUUUGAACCAGGAAUGCCCAAUGGAGACUAAGAUCCAUGGAAUGCAGAAGUCCCAAAGGAAUUUCCUCUAAGUGAUGGCAGUGAAGAGGAAGCAGAAAGUGAAGAAUAGUGGGAGAAAAGGAGGCUCCUGCUUUGGUGGGCAUUGCUCCAUUAUUGAUGUCUCUCUCUCUUCUCCUUUCCCUGAAAAGUCCAAUCUUGAAAGAUACAGAACAAAAUGCCUUCUAGAUACUCUGUCCAGGACUCUUCUUUCCUUUCUAUCCCCACCUGGGAAGAAAAAAAAAAUUGAGACCUAUGGGUUGUAUUAAGCCAAUUGCCUUUUUCCUCCAGAUACUUUGCUUGACCCAUCCUUCUAGUUAAGGGGUAGAGAGGUGAUUACUACCUUAUAAGGCUAUUAUGAAGCUGAUUAAUAUAAGCAAUGUCAUCCAUUGCUAAAGAUUGUUGGAGGAGGGUGCAGGGAGAGCACUAAUCAUAAGGAGGUACCCAGAGAGCACAGUGGGCCUCUGUUCUUUUUGUGUUCCCAACCGACACUGGACCUGACUGCUUUUCAUAUGUAGCACGUUGCAGUUGUGCUCUGGUCAUUGACAUGAUGGAACCCAGGUACAUUAAUUUGUUUUUAAGGGGUUGUAAGAGGUUUGUUACAAAAUCUCUCUAGCUCAAGAAAAACCCCAGGAACAUUGAUAUCUAGCUGUUUUACUCCAAAAGGGCCUCAGUUUCCUGGCAAGCAUUCAGGAUAAGAAGGCAUUGGAUACAGGACAGGUUUUAUUUAAUGCAAUCCAAAAAACACAUAAUAGCUCAUACUGGAGCACUGCAUCUGGCUACUUACUAUCAUUGUGAGCAAGUUAUUUCUCUCCCUGGGCCUGAAUCCUUUCUUCUGUAAAAUGAAGGAGUUGGACUAGAUGACCUCUAAGGUCUUUACAAUUCCAUCCUAAGACUUUAGGAUCCCAGGGACAUGUUAAAUCUUAUCUUAUCACCCCUGAGUUGAUCCCUAGGGUUGUAGGAGCUUGGAAAUUGGGAAUUUGAGUUAAAGCUAUAACAAAGACUUUGUUCUGGGGCAGUUCACAAAGAGAAUUCACACAUUGUCCAGGGGCACAAGGAGGUAAAAGGGGCUGCCCACUGUGCUCACCGCCAUGUAAUUCAGGGGCACUCCCUAUGUGCUGCCUUCCUUUCUAGUCUUUGGAGGCACUUGGUUUUCUCAUUUAAUAGGCUCCCAUCUGGCCUUUUCUGGCGGGGUGGAGAAGGCUGCUCAUGGAUCUUACUGUCUGUUUCAUAAUAAUAAUAAUAAUUAAUAUAGUACCAUCUAUGUGCCAGGCACCAUGCUAAGCACUUUACAAAUAUUAUAUCCUCGUCAUGAAUCUGCUGUUUCUGAACUUAUGGUUGUAAAAUAGAUUUCACCACCAAGCAAAUAACAUUACCCUAGAGCCCUUAAAGCUCAAACCCCUUAUGUUUUCACUGUUUUCAUUGAAAAUAGAGGAUUUAGAGUUGGACAGGACCUUAACAAUCACCUUGUUAAAACUCAUUUUACUAAGAAGAGGCUCAUUUUACCAAGACUCAUUUUACCAAGAAGAGUGACUUGCCCAAGGUCACAUAAGUAGUAAGUAGAUGCUGGGAUGAGUAUCUAAAGCUUUUGGCUUCAAAUCUGUAGCUCUUUCCGUUAGACAAUGUUUGUUCCUUGUUCUUACUUUGCCCCAGAAUUUGAUAUGCUAGAAGUCUUAACUUUAAGUAUCUCAAGAAGUGAAAAAAAGGAUACCCAGAAAUCCACACAGGAGCAAUACAAUUUGUGAUGAGAAAUUUUUCAUACUUGUUAAUGAAAAAUUAAAGGUGAGAUUAAUAAAAUUCAGUGUAAGAAAACUGUUGAAUUAAUAAAUAAAGCAAGGAGUUGGUUUUAUAAGAUAAAAACCAAUAAAGUAGAUAAAACAUUGGCUAAUAUGAUUUAAAAAGAGAGAGAAAACCCAAAUCACUAUUAUUAAAAAUGGAAAAAAGUGAGUAUA